AUGGUGGUGUUAGGGAUACAGUCUCUUAAUUGGUACGUACAUGGCGGAUUCAUGGAGAAGAAGAAAAAACAUCUGAAUGGUAUUGUCAGAGCCACUGAAAGGGACGACUCUUCUUCACAGAGAUUCGAAAUCGAUAGAGAUAAAGCUAGACAAGCUCUGAAACAGCUCGACCAACAAAUCGAAUCUCAAGCCGAUGAAAAACCAAGAACCUUCGUCAAGACAUCAUCGGACGUCGUCAGAACAAGUAGUGGAGGUUCUUCAUCAAUGGAUCCAUUCAUGUUCGAAGAACCACCUGAGAUGUCCGGAUCAUUCCUCACAACUACAGCUUUUCUUCUCUUAGCUUUCACUUUGUUCUAUAAUAUUUUGUUCUUUACAGUUAUUAAACCAUCCAUGGAUGGACCAGAAUCAGUUCCAGCAGACACGAUAAUAGCUAUGUCUGAUUCUGAACUUGUCCAGUUUCCACUUUCGUCUUCUCCUAAAAAAAACUUUUAAACAGUAAACCCACAAUGUGUGUUUCUAUGCUUACAUAAUCAUAUCAUUUGUUAUAUCUCA